AUGAGAAGACUAGCUCCCCGAUUGCUCAAAGCCCCGACAACACACGCGCGAUUGAGGGCGGCUGUUCCGGCGGCCCUGGUCCUGCGAUCACCAUGGCCCCCUCGUCCGAAGUUUCCGACAUUGCUACAUGAGACGCUGCCAACGCCGAGUCAGCGGGCGACAUUCCGGACUGCGGCUCCGUUGCAGUAUUCGACGGACAAUAAUGACACAAUUGCUGCCGAGACUGUUGCGACGACGACCGAAUCUACCUCCUCCGCAUCUUCCUCCGAAGAACCACCACCUCCGCUGCCGCUGGAUGAUGACGGCAGACUGGACCCGUCGGUUUUCCCGAAACUGCCGUUUUGUUUCGACACUGGGAUUGGGCUCUUCGCCAAAAGAACACCAAGGCCGUUCCCGCCGCCGUUCUUGUCGCCUCCCUCGGGGUCGUUUAGUGAUCCACUUAGCACGCAUGAUCGAAGUCGGGAUAGGAGGAAGGUGUAUGUGAAUGGGCAUUUGAUUCAGGGUUAUACCAAUGGUGAUGAUGCUGUUUUUGCGAGCAAGUACUUUAUUUGCGCGAAUGAUGGGGUGGGCGCUUGGAGUAUGAGGCCGAGGGGGCAUGCUGGUCUCUGGGCCCGGUUAAUCUUGCAUUUCUGGGCGACGAAUAUAUUCCAAGACGCGGCAAGUCAUAGCCAGAGAGACUACCACCCCGAUCCUGUAUCCUACCUACAGCACGCGUACGAGCAAACGGUCGAGGCGACUUCGGAACCGAACGACUGGCAGGGAACAACCACGGCGGCUGGCGCACUGCUUCACUUUCGGAAAAAUUCCGAAACGGGCGACCCUGAACCACUGGUGUAUGUCACCAACAUAGGAGACUCGCAAGUGAUGGUUGUGCGCCCGUCAACGAGGGAAAUGGUGUUUAAAUCUAAGGAACAGUGGCACUGGUUUGAUUGCCCUAGGCAGCUUGGUACGAACAGUCCGGACACGCCGGUGAAUUGUGCCGUGGUGGACGAGGUACCGAUACGGGAAGGGGAUGUGGUGCUCGCAAUGUCGGACGGGGUGAUUGAUAAUCUGUGGGCGCAUGAGAUUGUGGAAAAGGUUAGCGAUAGCGUGGAACGGUGGGAGAGGGGGGAGGGGAGGGAGGAAGGGGUUGUGGAGGGGGAGGAUGGGAAGGAUAUGAUGGGGUUUGUGGCGGAGGAGCUGAAGGAGGCGGCGAAGGUGAUUGCUCUUGAUCCUUUUGCGGAGAGUCCGUUUAUGGAGCAUGCCAUCGAGGAGGGUUUGGCUAGUGGGGGUGGAAAGCUUGAUGAUAUCAGUGUUGUUGCGGCGAUGUGCAGGAAGAACAAGGGGUGA